CCCCCCACCGCCCGCGUUCCUAUGGACAGACGCACAGACACCUGCAGGAAGGACACUGCUGAUCCUGUAACAUGGAGGAUUGCCUUCAUACUUCAUCUGAGAAUCUGUCCAAAUUGGUCAGCUGGGCCCACAGCCAUGGGACCAUUUGCAGCCUUAUUCCAAACCUGAAACACUUGCUUUCGGAAGGUUCCCAUGGGAACCUCACAGCAAUGUGGGGCUGUAGUGCUGGCCAUGCUUAUCACUGGCCACUGACAGCUACUUGCAGAGCUGGGUCCCAAGAAAGGGUCUGUUUCCAGGAUAACAGAAGUUUUAACUCUGAUAGUCCCAGUAUAAUUGGAGUACCCUCUGAGACACAAACUAGCCCUGUUGAAAGGUAUCCUGGGAGACCCGUGAAAGCGAAGCUAGACUGUAAUCGGACCAGAGACUCUUGUGACUUCUCUUAUUGCAGUGAACCCUCUGAACUGGAUGAAGCUGUAGAAGAAUAUGAAGAUGAAAACACCCUGUUUGACAUGGUUUGUGAGUCUUCUGUUACAGACGAGGAUAGUGACUUUGAACCCCAAACCCAAAGGCCUCAAAGCAUUGCUCGAAAAAGGCCUGGAAUAGUCCCAUCUUCUCUCCAUUCCAGCUCUCAAGCUCAAAUGGUUGAUGAAUGCAGCAAUGAUGUCAUCAUUAAGAAAAUCAAACAAGAGAUUCCUGAAGAUUAUUACAUUGUGGCGAAUGCAGAGCUGACUGGAGGGGUAGAUGGACCAGCCCUUUCAUUGACACAGAUGGCAAAACCCAAGCCUCAGACUCAUGCUGGUCCCUCCUGCAUAGGGUCUGCUAAGCUGAUUCCCCAUGUGACAUCUGCCAUUGGCACAGAGCUAGACCCACAUGGUGUGUCUGCAUCCCCCUCUGUUAUGUCCAGACCAAUCGUCCAGAAGACUGCCAGGGUAUCUCUGGCUUCACCAAACAGAGGACCCCCUGGUGCCCAUGGUACCAGCCAGCAGGUGCCCAUGCAGAUGCCUGUGAGCACAUCCCAUCCUAACAAACAGAUCAGCAUCCCUUUGUCUGCACUGCAACUGCCUGGACAGGAUGACCAAGUUGCUUCUGAAGAGUUCCUGCCCCAUCUGCCCAGCCAGGUUUCCUCCUGUGAGGUAGCUCUUUCUCCCUCAGUUAACACAGAGCCAGAAGUGAGUUCCAGUCAGCAGCAGCCCCCAGUCGCUCCAACCAUAACCACUGAGGCCACAGCACAGUGCAUACCAGACCAGGAUGAAAGAGCAGCUGAGCUCAGCAGGGAGCAGAAUGAGAAAACCAUCCGGAGCACGCAGACCGCGCUCCGCAAUUUCCCCUAUUCUACUAAGCUCAACAAAUUUCCUGUAUUUAAUAUUAAUGAUGACUUGAAUGAUCUGUGUACCAGUGCAGUGAGCCCAAACACUACCAAAGCCACGCGGUAUGCCUUGAACGUGUGGCGAUACUGGUGCGUGACCAACGGGCUCAAAGAUCACACGGACAUCACCAAGAUCCCUGCGGUGAAGUUGAAUGAGCUGCUCGAGAAUUUCUAUGUCACCGUUAAGAAGAGUGACGGCUCCGACUUCCUGGCCACCUCGCUGCACGCCAUUCGCCGCGGCCUGGACCGCAUCCUGAAGAAUGCAGGCGUGGGCUUCUCCAUCACCAGCAGCACCUUCAGUUCUUCCACCAAGAAACUCAAGGAGAAGCUGUGGGUGCUGAGUAAGGCAGGGAUGUCAGGUGCUCGUUCUCGCAAUAUUGUCUACUUCUCUCUUUCCGAUGAGGAGGAGAUGUGGCAGGCAGGGUGUCUGGGGGAUGACAGCCCUAUCACUCUGCUGUCCACCGUGGUCAAGUACAACAGCCAGUACCUGAACAUGCGGACGCUGCAGGAACAUGCAGAUCUGAUGUACGGUGACAUUGAGCUGCUCAAAGACCCCCAGAACCAGCCCUAUUUUGCCCGGACAGACAGUGUCAAACGGGAGAGCCGGAGUGGUUCCACCAGAGUAUGCCACGGGAAAAUCUACCACGAGCAUUCCAGGGGCCACAAGCAGUGCCCUUACUGCCUCCUCUACAAGUACAUGUACAUCCACCGGCCGCCCACGCAAAUGGAGGCCAAGUCCCCGUUCUACCUUACGGCCAGAAAGGAGGCCACAGACACGGGCAGUGUGUGGUACGAGGAGCAGAGGAUGGGCCUGCGGUCUCUUCGGGGGAUCGUUCCCAACUUAGCCAAGAAGGUCAAGCUGGAAAACUGUGAGAACUUCACCUUUGUCUCAUUUACUCAGGUCUCCAGGAGGCUCGGCUCCCACAGUUGCUGUCAGUGAGUCUCCCCUGGGCCCAGGCCACUGCCCUGCUCACCCCGAGGGGCAAGAGUUCCCUCAGGUAAGCUGGGCCAGAGCUCUGAGGUGGCAGCCAGUGACGGCGACCUCAAGGUCAGGCUGGUCUCUGGCAGGGUGACCUGCUAUUUCUUCAACUUUGGGUGUGUUUUUGUAACUGAAAGUAGAGGAGUCUGAAUGGUUAGGGUAUUUUAUCCAAACGUGUGUCACCUUUGUUAAAUUAUAGAAUCUAACACCAUGUAU